ACGAACAUUCUCCUCCCACAUCACAUCACUGCACUGCCAUCACCAUCAACAUGGCAUCUGCGGACAAAUCUACACCUCGUGAGCGGAAGCCCAGCUCCUCCGCUCCCAUCACCGACUUCCAGGGACCCAUUGGACCUGCGGGCAUGUCGCGUCCCAAGCACAAGCGUACUGUGACGGGAUUUGGUCCGUCUGAGAUCAAGAGCGUCGAGGCGAGCAUUCCAGAGCCACAGAGAGAAGCAUGGAGGAAAUACUCGGCCAACGAAUUCACGACCAAGGAAGACUUUGGCAAGGAGGCUGUGAGACACAUUGAGACCACGCUCGCACGUUCGCUGUUCAACUGCGAUGAGGCAGCGGCGUACUCUGGAACAGCAUUGGCUUUCCGUGAUCGCUUGGUCAUUGAGUGGAACAAGACACAGCAGAAUCAGACUUACGCUGAUCCCAAGCGUGUCUACUACUUGUCUCUCGAGUUCUUGAUGGGCCGAGCUCUCGACAAUGCUAUGUUGAACACUGGAAUGAAGGAUGUGGCCGUUGCGGGUGUUCAAGAUCUCGGCUUCCGCAUGGAGGACCUCAUUUCUCAGGAGCGCGACGCGGCUCUCGGAAACGGUGGUCUCGGACGUCUCGCCGCCUGCUUCCUCGACUCUCUCGCCACCCUCAACUACCCGGCCUGGGGUUACGCCCUUCGCUACCGAUAUGGCAUUUUCAAGCAAGAGAUUGUGGAUGGAUACCAGGUCGAGAUUCCCGACUACUGGCUCGACUUCAACCCAUGGGAGUUCCCUCGUCACGAUGUCACCGUAGACAUUCAGUUCUACGGCAAUGUGAGAAAGUACACAGAUGAGAGCGGCAAGCAGGUCAGCGUUUGGGAGAAUGGUGAAAUCGUCACUGCGGUUGCGUACGAUGCUCCAGUACCAGGUUACGGCACGAAGACAACCAACAACCUCCGUCUGUGGUCCAGCAAGGCUUCUCACGGCGAGUUUGACUUCACCAAAUUCAACUCGGGCGAGUACGAGGCUUCCGUUGCCGACCAGCAACGUGCUGAGACCAUCUCGGCCGUGCUGUACCCCAACGACAGCCUUGAGCGAGGAAAGGAGCUCCGCCUGAAGCAGCAGUACUUCUGGUGCGCCGCUUCGCUCUACGAUAUCGUUCGUCGCUUCAAGAAGUCGAAGAAGGCGUGGAAGGAGUUCCCCAACCAGGUCGCUAUUCAACUCAACGACACCCACCCGACUCUUGCCAUUCCUGAACUGCAGCGUAUUCUCAUCGACCAGGAAGGUCUGGAAUGGGACGAGGCUUGGAGCAUUGUGCAGAAGACUUUUGGAUACACGAACCACACUGUCCUUCCGGAGGCGCUCGAGAAGUGGUCUGUGCCGCUUGUUCAGCACUUGCUUCCUCGCCAUCUCCAGAUCAUCUACGAGAUCAACGCCAACUUCCUCCAAUUCGUUGAGCGCAACUUCCCCAAGGAGCGCGACAUGCUUGGACGUGUCUCGAUCAUCGAGGAGUCGCAGCCAAAGAUGGUCCGCAUGGCUUACUUGGCUCUUAUUGGAAGCCACAAGGUCAAUGGUGUCGCUGAGCUGCACUCCGACUUGAUCAAGACCACCAUUUUCAAGGACUUCGUCAAGAUCUAUGGUCCUGACAAGUUCACCAACGUCACCAACGGCAUCACACCGCGAAGAUGGCUGCACCAGGCCAACCCGAGACUGUCUGAGCUCAUCGCCAGCAAGCUCGGUGGCCACGAAUUCCUCCGCGACCUGACCCUGCUUCACAAGAUCGAAUCCUAUGUUGAUGAUAAGGAGUUCCGCAAGGAGUUCCAAGAGAUCAAGUACGCCAACAAGCUUCGCCUUGCGAAGUACAUCAAGGAGAACAACGGCAUCUCCAUCAAUCCCGCCAGCCUGUUCGACAUUCAAGUCAAGCGUAUUCACGAGUACAAGCGUCAACAGAUGAACAUCUUCGGUGUGAUUCACCGCUACCUCGAGCUGAAGGCGAUGUCUCCCGAGGAGCGCAAGAAGGUGCAGCCGCGUGUGAGCAUCUUUGGUGGCAAGGCCGCUCCAGGAUACUGGAUGGCCAAGACCGUCAUCCACCUGAUCAACAAAGUGUCCGACGUUGUCAACAGCGACAAAGACAUCGGCGACUUGCUCAAGGUGGUGUUCUUGGGCGAUUACAACGUCUCCAAGGCCGAGAUCAUCGUUCCCGCCAGCGACAUCUCCGAGCACAUCUCCACCGCCGGCACGGAAGCCUCAGGUACCUCCAACAUGAAAUUCGUCCUCAACGGUGGUCUCAUCAUCGGCACCUGCGACGGCGCCAACAUCGAAAUCACCCGCGAAGUCGGCGAAGACAACAUCUUCCUCUUCGGCAACCUCUCCGAGGACGUAGAGGACCUUCGCCACGCCCACCAGUACUCCGAAUUCCACCUCGACCCCAUGCUCAAGAAGGUGUUCGACACCAUCAGGGAGGGCACUUUCGGCGACGCUGGCCAGUUCUCCGCGUUGGUCAACUCGAUUGUAGACCACGGCGACUACUACCUGGUCUCGGACGAUUUCAAGAGCUACGUUGAUACGCAGAAGUUGAUUGAUGAGGCGUACAAGAACCAGGAGGAGUGGUUGACGAAGACGAUUACGAGUGUGGCAAGGAUGGGCUUCUUCAGCAGUGAUCGCUGCAUUGAUGAGUAUGCGGAGAUGAUCUGGAAUGUGGAGCCGUUGGCUCCGAAGGACUAGAUGAGUUUGAUGAGAGAUGGACGGGUGAAAAGUUCGUAAUGGGUCGAUGUAGCAUGAAAUAGAGCAACGACAUG